AUGAGAAUUCCAAUCACUUUGGCCUUCGUGGCUUCGAGUGUCUCGUGGUCGUCAAGAGUUUAUGCUGCCACUGUAGCAACUGACGUAGCUGUAGGAGUUGACGCCACCGUUUCUACGGAUUCCGCCUCUGCAGGUUCUGCUUCCUCAAUUUUUGGCUCGUACUUCCUUUCGGAGAGCAUCGUUGGACACGAUUUCUACAAUCAUUUCAACUGGGAGAACAUUUCCGACCCAACUCACGGGCGUGUAGUCUAUGUCGACGAGAAGACAUCUGUCCAACAUAAUUUGACUUACGCCAAAUAUAACUCAUUCGUUCUCCGGACCGACAACAAAGCCAUCCUGGACCCCGACGGCCCUGGAAGGGAGUCUGUCCGCAUCAUCACAAAAAAGAGUUACACAACUCACGUCGCAGUUUUCGAUGUUCGACAUAUGCCACAAGGAUGCGGGACAUGGCCUGCAAUUUGGUCGACCACCGCUCCGCCCGAUCCUAGCUGGCCCAACGGCGGAGAAGUCGAUAUCGUCGAAGGUGUCAAUGACCAAGGCCCCAACGCCGCAACCCUUCACACUACUACAGGAUGCACUAUGCCCGAAACGCGUCCACAGCUAGGAACUCCCGGACAGAACGACUGCGACUGGCUCGUCAACUAUAACACCGGAUGCACCGUCAAAAUGUCGGGCCCCAACACUUACGGACCCAGCUUCAAUGCCAAUGGAGGUGGAUGGUUCGUCACAGAGCGCACAGGCGACCAUAUCAGCGUCUGGUUCUGGCAGCGCAAUGACCCCAAAGUCCCAUUCGACGUUAAGUAUGGGAGCCCAAUUACCACCCCACGCACAUGGGGAAAACCUCAGGCGUUCUUCCCGAACACCAACUGCGAUUUCAAGAAGUUCUUCGCACCCCACCACAUAAUCAUCAAUUUGACGCUUUGCGGUGAUUGGGCUGGCCAAGCAGACGUUUAUGCUUCUUCUGGAUGCCCAUCGACCUGCCUUGACUAUGUAAACAACAACCCCGCUGCGUUCUCGAACGCAUACUUUGACUUUGCCUCUGUCCGCAUAUACCAGCCCACUCCUUUCCUUCACAACCGGGGGCAUCACAGCACAUUCUAA